AUGAAGUACAUCGGCAAAGCCCGGUUUCAGAAAGAGAAACGAGAAGAGGACAAUCGCUCGGGCCCCUCCCAUCAAAUCUACAGCACAAAGGUGUGCACAAAGGUGUCCCUCAGCUCCAUUCCCAACUGGACAGCCAUGCCUCCCCCGUAUCCCGAGAUUCUAAAAGUGCGCUAUUCCUCCGACGACUCCUCGCUGCAAUUCCCAGUCCAUAACCCAGCGACCGGCGAAGUGAUCACCAAUCUCCAAGCAGGGACGCCCGCUCAAGUCGACGCCGCCGUCCGCGCCGCGCAGAAAGCAUACGACAACGACUGGCGGUGGCGCUCGCCAGCGGAUCGAAGCGCCUUCCUCUUCAAAUGCGCCGAUGCACUGGAGCCCCACAAGGACGAGCUGGCCGAGUUGCUGUGCUUGGAGAACGGCAAGCCCAAGCAGGAUGCUCUUUCGUUCGACAUCAGCUUUCUCGUCAACAUCUUUCGGUUCUUUGCCAGUAUCUGUGACAAGCUGCCCGGCGAAUUCCACCAGCGAGGCAGCGUCAACGCGACAGUGAUCUACGAGCCGUUCGGGGUCUGCGCGGGCAUUCUGCCCUUCAACUGGCCGCCAAUCCAUUUUGGGGGAAAGACGGCUCCAGCCCUUGCGGCGGGGAACGUCAUGAUCAUCAAGCCCGGAGAGCAGGCUCCCUUGACGGUGCUCAGGAUGUGUGAGAUCAUCUCCCAAGUCCUGCCCCCGGACGUGAUUCAGGUUGUGCCAGGCCUCGGGCCUGAAGUCCCCACGGCACUGAUCAAGCACGACCUCGUAAAGAUGGUGUCAUUCACAGGCUCAACUGUGGCCGGCGCAAAGGUGGCCGAGACAGCCGCGAAGACAGUGACGCCUGUGGUGCUCGAACUGGGUGGUAAGAAUGCCUUCGUCGUCUUUGACGACGUCGAGAAUCUUGAUCGUGCAGUCGGGUAUGCCCUCGAAGGAGCAUUCUUCAACAAAGGCGAGGCGUGCACUGCAUCGUCAAGAAUCUUGGUUCAAAAAGGGGUGUACAAUCAAUUCUGCGACAAGCUCGCUACUGGAGUGAAAAAGCUCAAGUCCGGAAACGGUCUGGACCCGACCACCCACCUGGGACCACAGGUCAGCAAGGCACAGCAAGAGAGGGUGCUUGGCUACCUGCAAAAGGCCAAGGAUCUCGAAAAAGAAGGAAAAGUCAAGAUCGCGGCCCAGGGUCAGCUGCCAGACGACCCGGCCUGCAAGAACGGCUUCUUCGUGCCGCCCACCCUGAUCACCGACGUGAAGAGGGACAUGGUUAUCGCCCAGGAGGAGAUGUUUGGCGUGCUUGUGACGGUCACACCGUUUGAAACGGAGGACGAAGCCAUCGACAUUGUCAACGAAUCCAGAUACGGCCUGACGAGCAUCGUCUUUAGCCAGAACAGCGACCGAUGUUGGCGCUUCUCAAAGAAGGUCGACGUCGGGCUGGUCUAUGUCAACAACUACUUCCGGAACAUACUGGGGAUUCCCUUCGGAGGCGCCAAAGAGACCGGGUAUGGGCGGGAACACAGCAUUGACACGCUGAAGGAGUGGUGUCGCGCAAAAGUCAUCACUCAGCCGAGCGGCUUCGGCGAGAUCCCCAGCUGGAGGGCAGUCAAGGAGGUAUUGGGAGCGUGA